GGAGAUGGACUUUUCAGAGAGCUGUCCUGCCAUGUAACAGGGACAUCACAUCAUCUUUCCUGCGCAAAAUGUCUGAAGGCAAUUUGGUGUCAGAAGAAGAUUUUGUAGUUAGGCCUCAGGCUGCGGGAGGAAAGGGUUUAAGCACGAUGGACAAAAAACUGAACCUUCUGAAUGAAAAAGUCGACAAAUUGUUACAUUUCCAAGAAGACGUGACGGGAAAACUGCAGAGGGUCGAUCGAGGGCUUGACAACUUGGGGAAAGGUCUUCAUAAGCUCACUGCGUCACGAGCAUGUGCCGAUCCGAUCGGUGGGGCAGAACAGGGUGUGAAAAUUGAGGAUGGAGCUCCAUUGAUGGAUACCCAAAAUAUGUGCUCCGAGGUUUUAAAACUGAUGAAAGCAGUGCAUCAAGAUGAUGUAAAGUACAGGGAGAGGCUCGAAAAGGUGGAGAGGUUGGUGGACUCGGUGGACAAAGUUGUGAAAUAUUUGGCAGAAUUGCUAAAGAAUUCUAAAGUGAUAGAUUUCAUUCUGAAGGGUGGUGUUCCUUGGAAGAAAGGGACCCUGGUUGAAAUCCUAGAGGAGACGAAAGAUAAAGCAGAGGAGAAAGCUUCUAAAGGAAAGCAUGUUCCCCUCAAGAAAGGAAUCCAAGCCGAAGGCAAAAAUUCCUCAGAAGACAGCAAAAGCAAUAAAAAGUCAGAUGAACCUGGUGGAGUGUGUGAAAAGGUGAACUCGGCUGGUGACUCUGGUCCAUGUGGGAAAGAAAGGAUGGCUCAGUUUGAAACUACAGACGCUUUGGGUUGCCAGCAACAAAAAGAUCCGUGCGUUGGUGCCCUGGUCCAAAAUGACGGUCUUUGUUGCAUCAUUGGAAGCAAUCCACUGGGAUCGGAGAACAGAGAUAAAGCUCUAGGCCUGGAAAAACCUCCAACAAAGACUGUCAGUCCAAAGCCCAAGGAGAGGGGAAAAGAGACUUCUCAAAACAUUUCUCCAACUUGUGAAGCUGUGCCUUCCGCUUCCAAGCCCAGCGGUGAAGUUAUACGGACAAGGAUUUCCAUCAACAUGCAGAUGAGCAAUACUCAAGAGAAGCCUCUGAAGAGCCAAGAAGGAAAUGUCGGAGGAGGCCAGGCUGGUAAAAGCGCCAGUGUACCCCUUCCUCAGUCUCCCUCUCCGGCAAACGAAGGAGCCAAGCGUUGCCCAGACUCUUGUAAAGGGAAGCAGGCGGCUAAGAGCAGCAGGACCGACCCCCCUCCAGGCGGCAAAGGGGUCAAGCUUUCCGGUAAGCAAGGUGAGCAGACGCACAAGCUGACAGAUCGAAAGCCACUCACAAAGGCCGAAGAGAAAGGAGAGCUAACAGGCAAGACGGUGAGCUCCGUUGCAAAGGAUUCUGGGAAGGAUCCAGGGGCCACAACAAAGAGACCCAAAGAAGCAUCGGCGAUGAGGAAAGACUCUAUAAAAGAUGGCAAACUGGGGAUUCUAGAAUCUGGGGGCACACCUCCAGCCAGCCAGGAAAGCGGAUCUGGUCCGCAUGUGGGGAAACCAUCCGAAAACGCUGUUUUGGUAGGAGCUGGCAAAAAGGAAGAAGUGAUCAUUGACGACAGCCCUCCGCCCCCUGCCCCGUUUGAGCAUCGCAUCGUUAGCGUCAAGCAAGCCGAGGUGUCUGCAGGCUAUAUGAUUUGCCAUCAUGAAGUCUUGGGAGGGGGGCGUUUUGGUGAAGUUCACAAAUGCACCGAAAAGUCAACCGGGCUCUGUCUGGCGGCCAAGAUCAUCAAAGUCAAAGCAGCAAAAGAAAGGGAAGAAGUGAAAAACGAAAUCAACAUAAUGAACCAGCUCAAUCACGUCAACUUGAUCCAGCUUUACGAUGCUUUCGAGGGCAAGAACAACCUCACCUUAAUCAUGGAAUACGUUGAUGGCGGUGAACUCUUCGACCGGAUCACAGACGAAAACUACCACUUAACCGAACUGGAUGCGAUCCUGUUUACCAAGCAAAUAUGCGAAGGAAUCCACUACCUCCAUCAACAGUACAUUCUUCAUCUUGACCUCAAGCCUGAGAAUAUCCUCUGUGUGAAUCGCACUGGGAACCAGAUUAAAAUAAUUGAUUUUGGACUAGCAAGAAGGUACAAGCCCCGUGAGAAGCUGAAAGUUAAUUUUGGCACCCCGGAAUUCUUGGCUCCUGAAGUGGUGAACUACGAUUUCGUGUCCUUCCCCACUGACAUGUGGAGCGUGGGCGUCAUUGCUUACAUGCUGCUCAGUGGCUUAUCGCCUUUCCUCGGUGAAACGGACACAGAGACGAUGAAUUACAUUGUGAACUGUAGCUGGGAUUUUGAUGCAGAAGCGUUUGAGCAGGUGUCAGAAGACGCAAAGGACUUUGUGUCGAGACUCCUGGUGAAGGAAAAGAGUGGCAGGAUAAGCGCAGCAAAUUGCCUGAAACAUGAAUGGCUGACGGACCUUUCAGGCAAAGCCCAGAAAUCCAAGGUCCGCUUGAAGUCUCAGCUGCUGCUGCAGAGUUAUAUGACUCACAAAAAAUGGAAGAAGCAUUUCUACGUGGUUGCUGCCGCCAAUCGACUACGGAGGUUCCCAAGCCAGUCCGAUAACCCCUCGUAACCUGCAUCGGGAGAAUCAUAGAGUUGGAAGGGACCUCCAGGGUCAUCUAGUCCAAUCCCAAUAACCAAUAGAAGACCAAUAGACUUGAUCGAUUUUAGCAGAAGGUCCCAUUCUUCUCCACUUGGCAAUAAGUCCUUUUUUCCCUCCAUCUCAUUAGCCACAAGCAUGCUCAAAUUGCCUUCAGACCUAACAGGAUAGAAUGGGACUUUGCCUCGCUUGAAGGGAAUCGGCUCCACUUGGCAAACUAUCACAGGAAAAGAUACUUGGAGUAUGCCAAAUAUACCGUUUCUCUAAUUAUACAUUUAGCACACGGUGGGAAGGUAUCCUUGAAAAAUGGAAGACAAUUCCUGUUGUGAUUUUGGUAGGAUGCUGUCAAAUAUUCACCACAUAGGAUACAGAUCUGCUCUUCCAGGCACCCUUUUGUUGCCAGGUACUACUGAUUUGUCCCUGCUUUUAUCUGCUCACGCUGACCCCAAUACACUGCGGCAGGGCCCCCCCGCUCUAUUGAGCUUGUAGUACUGUAAUUCCAGUUGCACAAAGCUUUUUUUUUUUUAAACUAUUUGGGAAGUGUUAACAUUGUGGACUAGCAGCAUGAAAGCAGAAUUAAACACUGACCCCUGAUAUUUGCAAAAAAA